AUGUCCAACCCAAAGCUCGAUUUAAGAAAACACAAGCUCCUCAUCGCCAACCGCGGCGAGAUCGCAUACCGUAUUCUUCGCACCGCGCACCGUCUCGGCCUCUCGACUAUAACCAUCUACACCCACACCGACGCCACAUCUCCACACGUCCUCUACUCCUCGCCCUCCCACUGCCCCAACUCCGUCUCGAUACCCCUCUCGCCACACGUCACAGACCCGACAACCAAUUCGCGUGCGUAUCUCGAUGGAGACCAGAUACUCGCCAUCGCGAAGGCCGAGGGUGCGACGUUGCUUAUACCCGGUUAUGGCUUCUUGAGCGAGAACUCCGAGUUUGCGAAGAAAGUCGUGGAUAGCGGGAUCAUAUGGCUUGGUCCUCGACCGGAGACGAUUAGGAGUAUGGGAUUGAAGCAUCUAGCUCGAGAGUUGGCCAUUUCGGCUGGAGUACCGGUCGUUCCGGGCAGCGAAGGCUUGGUGCACGACGUCGAGACUGCAGUGCAGUGGGGAAGGAAGAUUGGUUGGCCUGUGAUGUUGAAGGCGACGGGUGGAGGCGGCGGGAUGGGGAUUGUGGUGUGUGAGGGGGAGGAGGAGAUGAGGAAGGUGUUUGAUAAGACGGGGGAGAGAGCGGAGGUGUCGUUUGGCGAGGGACAUGGAGGUUUAUUUGUGGAGAAGUUCGUCAAGGAGGGGAGGCAUGUCGAGGUCCAGAUAUUUGGUAACGGGCUGGGCCACUGCAUUCAUUUCGGCGAACGCGAAUGCAGCGUCCAACGAAGAAGGCAGAAAGUCAUCGAGGAGACCCCGAGUCCGUUCAUGUUGAGGCACCCAGAUAUCAGACACGAGAUGUGUACGGCUGCCGCGAGGUUAUGCUCGGAAAUCAAGUAUACCUCUGCCGGUACUUGCGAAUUCAUAGUCGACAACCAGACAGGCGCAUAUUUCUUCCUGGAGCUCAACGCGCGCCUGCAGGUCGAGCAUACGAUCACAGAGGCCGUACAUUCCGAACAUGGCCUGGAUCUGGUGGAGUUGAUGAUUGGGCAGGGCGUGGCAGAGUUCGAGGCUCGAAACCAAGGCGGCCUGGCUCCUGAGGUCCUUGAUCAAUCGAAAUACGGACCAGUGCCGAAGAAUAAGCAUGCGAUACAAUGCAGGAUAUAUUGUGAGGAUGCGGCAAGAGGCUUCGUUCCUUGUCCAGGAAUCUUGCAGGAGGUCGUGUGGCCCGAGACGAAUGAUGGAGAUGGGGUGAGAGUCGACGGAUGGGUCUCUCGCGGCACCCACAUAACACCUUUCUUCGACCCCCUCGCCGCCAAACUAAUCGUCUCCUACUCCUCCACUUCCGCCUCCAUCCCCGCCCGCGACAUCACCCUCCAACAAACCCUAACCGCUCUCUCCCAAACCGACCUCCACGGACCCCCAAACAACCUCCACUACCUCUCCACCGUCCUCUCCUCCCCCAUCUUCCGCGCCGGCAACGCACUGACGACAACCCUCGACACCUUUUCCUACACGCCGCACGCGCUGUCGAUCCUGGAGCCUGGGUUGGCGAGCUCGGUGCAGCAGGCGCCUGGGAGGGAGAGGGUGUUUGGGAUCCCGAAGUCGGGGCCUUUGGAUACGUUGGCGCCGAGGGUGGCGAAUUUGUUGGUGGGGAAUGAUGCGGAUGUGGAGGUGAUCGAGGUUACGCUCAAAGGGCCGAAGGUGUAUUUCUGGGUGGAUGCGGUUGUGGCGGUUAGUGGCGCUUCUGUUAAGAUGAAGGUUAGUGGCAAGGAUGAGGAAGGAAGGAAAGAGGAGAGGGAGGUCGGGAUGUGGACGAGGUUGGUGAUGAGGGCGGGGGAGACGUUGCAUAUGGGAAUGAUUGGAGGAGGUGGAGGUGAAGGAGGGUAUCGGGCGUAUUUGGCGGUGAGGGGCGGGUUCCCGGAGGUGCCUAGUUAUUUGGGAAGUAAGAGUACGAGUUUAGGGGUUGGAGGAUAUCAGGGCCGUAACCUCGCGCCGAACGAUCAACUCGCUCUUUCAUCUUCGUGUGGCCCGACGGAGGAUGAGCUCUCGACCAACGCCACCGUGAUGAUCCCAGAGGAGAUGAGACCGUCAUAUGCGACAGAACAUACGUUGACUGUCGUCGCUGGCCCACAUGCGGACGAGAGUAUAUUGACGGAGGAAGGAUUAAGAGCAUUUUUCGGGACUGGGUGGAAGGUCAGCCCAUCAAGCAACCGAAUGGGCAUUCGACUCGAAGGUCCGAAGUUGGAUUGGGCGAGGAAAGACGGAGGGAUGGGAGGGAGUCAUCCGAGUAACUUGCUCGAUAAUGGCUAUGCGUAUGGUGCUGUCAAUAUCAACGGCGACACACCAGUCCUCCUAACUGCGGAAGGACCUUCAAUGGGCGGAUACGUCUGCGUCGCGACAGUGACGACUGGAGACUUAUGGAGAUUGGGACAGUUGAGGCCCGGCGAUGUGGUCAGGUUUAGGAGGGUGAGUCUGAAGGACGCGAAGAGACUGGAGGAGCAUAAUGUGGCGUAUAUCCGAUCUAUCGCGGACUUCGUUUCUGGAUUGUCUGGAGAUCCAGACUCGGAGAAGGCCAAGGUGUUGACUGUGGACUCGUUCGUGCCCGCACACGACUCCGAUAUCCCCGCUUCACCUAUAAUGGCCGUCAUACCUUUCAAUCCGAAGACGAGGAGACCGAAAGUGGUGUAUAGGCAAGCGGGCGAUCGAUUCAUCCUGAUAGAGUACGGAGAGGACGAGGUCGAUUUGGAGGUCAGGGCGAGGAUACAUCUGUUUGAAAGGGAGGUGGAGCGACGGAAGGCCAACGGAGAGGGGGAGGAAGGAAGGAAGUUGAGUGGCGUGGUCAGUUUGGCGCCGUGUGUCAGGAGUACGAUGGUCUGUAUGGACCCGAUUGUGGUGGAUCAGUACGACCUGCUGGAGACAUUGAUGGAGAUAGAGAAGAGUUUACCGGAUAGCUUGAAAGAUGUAGUCUUCCCCGGUCGUCUUCUCACACUACCCAUCGUGCUUGACGAUAGGUGGAACCGCGAGGCCGUGGAGCGAUAUAUGCGUUCUGCGAGGAAUAAGGCUUCUUACCUUCCAAGCAACAUUCAGUACCUUGCGGAGACGAAUGGUCUUGCAGGUGGCGCGGAUGAAGCUCUUCAGAAGUUGAUCAGCUCGGAGUGGAUCACCGUCGGAGCUGGGUUUUAUUUCGAUUGUCCGUUCUUAGUACCCGUAGACCCGAGGGCCAGAUUGACGGGGUCGAAGUACAACCCUUCGAGGACAUACACUCCGCGUGGUGCGCUCGGGAUCGCUGGCCCUAUAGCUGCUAUAUAUCCCAUCGAAUCACCAGGUGGCUAUCAGCUCUUUGGUCGUACACUCCCGCCGUGGUCGCCUUGGGGCAAGGGCCCGGAUUUCAGUGAGGACGUUCCGUGGUUGCUCAGGUUCUUUGACCAGCAGAUUCGCUUCGAACCUGUCACAGAGGAAGAGUAUGAGAAGCUCGAACGUGACUUUGACGCAGGGACCUAUAAGUUCAAGAUUGAAGACAAGCCAUUUGUCGUGAACGAUUAUCUUCGAUUCAUAGAGUCUAUCAAGGAUGAGACCCAAGUCUUUAGGGAGAAGCAGGCACGGUCAGUCAAGGAGAUGUCAGAUCGAGAGGACAAGCUACUUAAGGAGUGGGAGGAUGAGAAGGCUGCCGAUACGAGGAAAGUGGCGUCGCAGGGUGGCGAUGCAGGUGAUGACUCUACGUCGCCCACUAUAAUCUCAACCAUGGCUGCCGCGAUCUGGAAGAUCCGCGUCCAACCUGGGGAUGUCAUAAAGGACGCAGACCAAGUAAUCGUCACGCUCGAGGCCAUGAAGACCGAGAUCGACGUGCCGGCGGAGGAGGAGUUCGUUGGGAAGAAAGUGAAGAGGGUGCUUGUUAAGGAGGGGGAUGUGGUUGGGAGUGGCGAUCGGCUGGUCGUUUUCGAUUGA